CUAAUAGAGUGUUAGUUUCGCUUUAAGACCAGCAAUGCAUCUCUUGCUGUAGCUUUCGAAAUCGCCAUUGUUGGGUUUCGCUGUGUGAUGUGGAGUGGAGAUUGUGGCUUCCGGUAGAAACAGCUAUCUGUAUUAAUAUACAUCGAGAAGAGAGGAGCUGUUGAGUAGAGCUUUUCAUCCGAAUCUAUUGUUGCGAGAGAGAUAAAACAGUGCAGAAAGAAAGCAGGAUUCGUUUGACUGACACACCUGGAGAUUUAAGAAAGCGGGCACAUUAUACACGAAGAUCAUUUUGCGUUACCAAAAAUAAAUAAAUAAAUACAUAAAAAAACAGUGUGUGGAAUAGAAAAAUCGCUCAAGACUAUUGUUUCAGAGUAAAGCAUACAAUAAGCCAUCCAGGGAGUUAUAUUUCAUGGGGAUGUGUUCACGACAAGAGAGAAUACAUAAAGACGUCGACAUUGUAAUCCAGAGGUGCAAGGCAGAUAAGGACUGCCUGUUUUCGGAUUUCCGAUAUUCAGACGCCACCUUUACAUUCACCGACACCAGGGGCUCUAAAAGGGUGUCCUAUUCAGUCCACGUCUCUGAAGAUUAUCCAGAUAACACUUAUGUAUCGAAUUCUGAGAAUGAGGAUGACGUUCUAGUCACACGAGAUCCUAUUCCUGUCAUCUUCCACAGAAUAUCAACAGAAAUUAGGAUAAAUAAUGAUGCCACCAGCUGCCUGUCCAUUAAAUCGAAGCUGCAAGAUGACAGGGUCCAGGAUUCAAGAUACUGCAGUGCAAUAGACGAAGACUCUGAAGGCGACAAUGACUCUGAAGAGUUCUACUAUGGGGGUCAGGUGAACUAUGAUGGGGAGCUCCACAAGCACUCCCAGCUGGAAGCAGACUUAGCAGCAGUGAGAGACAUGUAUGGACCUAAUGCAGUAUCUCUCAGGGAAUACGGUGCAAUAGACGACGUAGACAUUGAUUUACACAUCGAUGUCAGCUUCCUGGAUGAAGAAAUCGCUGUUGCGUGGGAUGUGAUCCGGAGAGAGCCUGUAAUAGUGCGAUUGCAUUGCUCACUAACCCAGUAUUUACAUGGGCCAGUUCCAACAGUCGAUGUAUUCCAAGUUUCCACGAAAGAACGAUUUGGUCUGGGACAUCAGUUGAAAAAGAUCAUGCAGACAUUUGUUACACAGCAGUGGAAGCAUCAGAGUAAAGAAAAGUGUAAUUGCCCUCACAGCAAAAAAGUGACAGAUAAGAAAGUGAGAUCUCCCCUGCACAUCUUUUCUACACUCCGCAGAUCUCCCAGUUACCCCCCUCCUGAAUGUGGUAAGAGCAAAUCCAAACUGAAGCCAGAGCAAGACGGAGUGCCAAAGUCCCACAAGUUACUGCGGAGAACUUGCUCAAGUACGGUCAAGGCUGAGGAUGGAUGCGUCAACAAGUCCCAUAAACCUCUGGGACACUCUUUAUCCAGCGACCCAAGGGCUGAGCAGACAGCAGCCUUGAAACCCCACAAGCUUCUGACUCGGACUUGUUCUGCUUCGGUAAAGCAGGACGAUUGUGCCUCUUUGAAGCCUCAUAAACUUCUAUCCAGGUCGUGUUCUGGAGACCCUCGAUGUGAGCACAGCAGCUCCCUGAAACCCCACAGGCUCUUGAGUAGAUCUUGCUCCAGCACUCUCAGGACAGAGGAGCUGGAUGGACUGAAGCACCAGAAGAUGCUGAGCAGGUCCUACUCGAGCAGCACCAAAGUGGGCAAGACUGAGCUCUUCAAAGAGCCUGCUCCUGAGGGCAGGCGACUCUCUCUUACCUCAGGGCUUAUUGGCAUGCUAGCACCGGCUCUGUCCUCCCAGCCCAGUCCAAACUAUGGGGCCAAGUCAAUCCCGGUCAGGGAUCGCGGCUUUCUUGUCCAGACUAUGGACUAUGCUGAGCAGAGGAUUCCUGUUCUGAAUGAAUACUGUGUGGUUUGCGAUGAGCCCCAUGUGUUUCAGAAUGGACCAAUGCUGAGACCCACAGUGUGUGAGCGGGAGCUGUGUGUCUUUGCUUUCCAGACACUGGGAGUAAUGAACGAAGCUGCAGAUGAAAUCGCUACUGGAGCCCAGGUUGUGGAUUUGCUGGUUUCUAUGUGCCGAUCAGCACUGGAGUCCCCAAGGAAAGUUGUUAUUUUUGAGCCAUAUCCUUCAGUGGUUGAUCCUAAUGAUUCCCAGGCACUGGCCUUUAACCCGCGGAAAAAGGACUAUGAACGAGUGAUGAGAGCACUGGAUAGCCUAACAUCUAUCAGAGAAAUGACCCAGAAGGAGAAAACUGUUUAUCUCCCAUUUCUACAGGCACCUUACCUGGAAAUCAAGAGGCAGAUGGACAAGCACGAUCCCUUGGCUCAUCCACUUUUACAAUGGGUCAUUUCAAGCAACAGAUCCCACAUUGUAAAACUAUCAGUGAAUAGACAACUGAAGUUCAUGCACACCCCACACCAGUUCCUUCUGCUCAGCAGUCCGCCCGCCAAAGAAUCCAACUUCAGAGCUGCCAAAAAACUCUUUGGAAGUACCUUUGCAUUCCAUGGUUCACACAUAGAGAACUGGCACUCAAUCCUGAGGAAUGGUUUAGUUGUGGCAUCCAAUACAAGGCUGCAGCUCCAUGGUGCCAUCUACGGUAGUGGAAUAUAUCUCAGCCCAAUGUCAAGCAUUUCCUUUGGUUACUCAGGGAUGAACAAAAAGCAGCAGAAAGCAGCUUCUAAGGAUGAAACUGCUUCAAACAGCAAGACCAAUGCCACUCUACAGUCACAGAAAAAAGGACAACAGCCACAGUUUCUGCAAAGUCGUAACUUGAAGUGCAUAGCCUUAUGCGAAGUUAUUACUUCUCCUGAUCUGCACAAGCAUGGGGAUAUCUGGGUAGUUCCGAACACAGAUCACGUCUGUACACGAUUUUUCUUUGUGUAUGAAGAUGGCCAGGUGGGAGACACAAGCAUAAACACACAGGACCCCAGCAUCCACAAGGAGAUACUCCGAGUUAUAGGCAACCAGACCGCUACUGGAUAAGAAGCUGCAGGAUAUUAUUAUUGAUGAUGCUGCCUGAAAACACAUAAUUCAAAACCCUAAUCCUAAUGACAAACACACAGGACCCCAGCAUCCACAAGGAGAUGUUCCGAGUUAUAGGCAACCAGACCGCUACUGGAUAAGGAGCUGCAGGAUAUUAUUAUUGAUUAUGCUGCCUGAAAACACACAAUCCACUCGCUCUCAAAGCUGGAUUUUGAGCUAAAAUGAGUGCAUUGAUCCUAUUUUUAACACACAACUAACUCACUAUUGAACAUUUAAAAUAUGUUUUAAAAAGAAAACAUACACAAGAGCUACACUGUUUCUAUCCCAAGAGGUAUUUCAUUUGAAAUGAUUGCUCAUUGUUAUCUAGACAAUAACAUGUUGCUUCAAAGUUUAUAAACACAAUGACUAUUCAUCACUAGCCAGGGCUUGCCAAUCCGAGUAAAUAUUAGCUACUUUUCUCAAUAUUUUUUAGCUAACUUUGAAUUUGAACUGUGUUUUUUUUUUUCUGAUUUUGAACAUAUAAAUGUAGUCGUUUGGAUUUACAGGCUGAGUUUCUCUGCAGGAAAAUGUUCCUCUUUCCUUCGUAACAAGGUGCCCAAUACCAGACCUUCCUGUUCACUUUGUAAGGCUUGUGCAUUUUUAAAUUACAACAGAGUACUUGUCAUGAUCCUAAAGGUGUGAAUAUGCGCUUCAUUUGUAAUUACCAUUAAUGCUACAUAGUAUCUAAACCACAGAACUUAUUACAAAAUUACUUUUUAGCAAACUCCGUGCAUUCCAUUAUCAGAAUUCCUAAUGGAACACUUCUUAACUUGCACACCUACAGUAAUAGAAGAACCAGAUACACAACAAGCACACUGAGAUCCGGGUUCCAUUCCAGUCUCAAACACCCGUGGAAAACCAGUUCUAGUGGCCUACCUCUUCGUGAAUACAUUUCCACCCUCUCCACUUUCCGAAAUAAAAUACCAACACAGUAAUUUGGGACUAUUGGUGUUGUACAGGUGCCAAAUGGCUGCCAUUGUCAAUCCUAAAGGUGCUCGGUGAUUCAGUUGCUAGUUUGAAUAUGUCUUACUGAGCAAUGAACACAUUUGUUUCCUGCUGGUAAACUGACCUUAUCUCUGUAUUGUCAAAUGCAGCUUUCGGGUAACAUUCUAAAUUGUUAAUUUUUUUUAUUUAAUUUUACUGAAACCAGUGUUUGGGACAUAUUAUGUUAAAAUAAUAAUACUAAUCAGUUAUGGCAUGUCAAUAUAGGGUUAAAAUGUGCGUUACUGCUUUCCUUUGAUUUAUUUAUUUUUUACACGAUCCUAAACAUCCAGCACUCAUUGGACCAUUUUAAAAGUAAACAUCGUGUUUACUCUUUUACUGUUAAUAAUAAUAACAAUAAUAAUUAGCUUUAAAAUUAAACUUUAUAAAGCCAUUCAUCCUGUCUGCUUUAGAAUUUUUUUUUUUUUUUUUUAAACCUGCCAUGCUUUGUACCAGCAUUUAUUUUAUAUUUAGUGUUUGCAUUUAGGCAAAAGCAGAGCCGGCUGUGAAAUGAAUGUCUCUGCACUGCUGCACAGCAGCUCUCGUGCUGUGCAUGGCUCAGACAGACUGCUGGGUGUCAGUUCAAACCAGGGCACAUCCACAUAUUGAAUUAGGAGCUGGGUGGGAAAGCAUUUCUAAUUGAUUAGUAAAACAUGUCUGAAGCUGCUUCUUUCUGUACUUUGGUCUCUUCAAUGGGAAAACUAUUGAUGGUUUGAAUUUUUAAAUAGAACUUUUGUCCUGCCUAAGGAUUAUUUUUCUAUUUUCAAACACUAUACUGUAUAUAAAAUAUCUAAUAUUGUUUACCAGAUGCACCUCACAACAUUCGCCUUCUAGAUGGCUGGGCGUGUGUGUACAAUUCUGAUUUAAUAACCAACAUGUUAAACUAUGUUAAAAUAAUUCUGAAAAGAGGAUCGACUCUUUAAAUGUGAAAGUAAUUGACCAGGCAUGUACCGUGAUGAAAGAUCUUUUAAUGAGAAAUGGAAUACAAUUGUUUAUUUGUUAAAAGGAGGAAUGUGUUCACUAAACAGACCUACUCUACCCCGCCCCACCCCCUAAAAAAAAAAAGUUUUAAUACAAAUCUGUCCUCUUAUCAGAAAGGUAAUAAUUCUAAAAAAUGACCAUUACUUUCUGCAUCCUACUGUUCCAUGUUCUGUGCUUGAAUAAAAAACAAAGCAAAUGGUUCCUAGUGUUAAAGUCACAUAUGCACACGUGCAACUUACAUACAUAUUAAGUUACAUAUCUUAAAGGAAAAAAUACAAAUACACUUGUGUUUAAAAAUUAGGAAUGAAAGAAACCCUACACACAGAAAUAACAAAAGGGUGAUCACAUUUUUAUGCCAGAAUGUGCUUUGGCCAAAUCUUGGGCUAGGCUGAAACAAACCAGUCCCACGUUCAGCAGGAUAUACCCUGGUUUAGGCUGCCAUCGUCCACAUUGCAAAGCUAGUCCACUUUACUUUUUUCUUUAAUCAAACUUUUCAAAACAUUUGUUUUAUUUAACAAUAUUUCUGCACUAAUUAUAUAAUAUAAAGAACUGCUAUUUAGCCUUCGGUGCCUUAGAAGCAGAGCAAUGGCAAUGUAUGACAGGACUGUAGAUAAUGUAAAUACUGCCACAAAACACGCAGGUCAAAUAUUUUCUGUAUUCAGUUUUUACAGCUUUUGCUUUCUUUUGCAAACAAAUCAGCUUUUUCUGGCAUUUUACUAGUGAUGAAAAUAGUAGCUUCUGUAAAUGUUUACUUUCAAUAAAUUCAGAUUUGGUUAAGAAC